AUCCUCGCGCUCACGGGUGCGGACGGAGCGACCGCGGCGGUGGGAGCGAAAGCUCGCUCGGCCCCGGGACCGAUCCUUCCGGCUCCCGGACGCUCCUCGAGGGGCCGAGGCGCAGAAACGCCGAGCGAUGUGACCCUACAAGGCCUGUCCCAGCUCCUCUCCGCAGCUGGCCCCGCUCUGCCGGGCGGGGACAGCGUGGGGGGAUUUCUCCAGGGACCUUGGAAGCAGAGGCGCGCGGAGCUUUUUCAUUCCUGCUGGUUUUCCUCAGUCUCUUCCCAGCGGAAGCCGGAUCCCAGGAAAAGAGGGGACUUGGAGGAAAAAAAAAAUCCCCGCACGGUGGGUUGCAGGAGGAAGGCUGGAGCCGCGCAGGGCGGGGGUGCGGAGCACAGCGUGGUCUCGUCCCACAGGGGGACGUCGCACCCGGAGCUGGGCAGAGCGAUGGCUGAGGACGGGGGGGCCGGGGGGUCGGCCUCCAACAGCACCCAGGAUGAAGCCUCACCGGUGGUCGCCCUGAGGCCGGGCAGCGUGGAGGAGCUCUACGAGCUGCUGGAGACGCUGGGCAGCGGGCAUUUCGGCGUGGUGAGGCGGUGCCGGGAGCGCAGCACCGGCGCUUUCUACGCCGCCAAGUUCGUGAAGACGCGGCGGCGCCGGGGCAGCCGGCGGGGCCUGGAGCGGGCGCAGGUGGAGCGGGAGGUGGCCAUCCUGCGGGGCCUGCAGCACCCCAACAUCAUGCGGCUCCACGACCUCUUUGCCAGCAAGACCGAGAUGGUGCUGGUGCUGGAGCUGAUGCGCGGCGGGGAGCUCUUCGACUUCAUCGCCGAGAAGGAGAUGCUGUCGGAGGAGGAGGCCAUCGGGUUCCUGGCGCAGAUCCUGCGCGGGGUGCAGUACCUGCACGAGCGCCACAUCGCCCACUUCGACCUCAAGCCCGAGAACAUCAUGCUGCAGGACAAGGACGUCCCCAAGCCCCAGAUCAAGAUCAUCGACUUCGGGCUGGCCCAGAAGCUGGAGGACGGCGUCACCUUCAAGAGCCUCUGCGGGACCCCCCAGUACAUCGCUCCUGAAGUGAUCAACUACGAGCCGCUGAGCUCCGCGACCGACAUGUGGAGCAUCGGGGUCAUCACCUACAUCCUGCUCAGCGGCUUGUCCCCCUUCCAGGGCGAGACGGACGCCGAGACCCUCUCCAACGUCCUGGACGGCGCCUACGAGUUCGAGGAGCACUACUUCAGCCAGACCUCCGAGAUGGCCAAGGACUUCAUCCGGCAGCUGCUGGUGAAGGAGCCGGGGGAGCGCAUGACGGCGUCCGAGUGCCUCGUCCACCCCUGGAUCAAGCCCCUGAGCAGGAAGCAGGCGGCGAAGCGGAGCCGCUCCUCCAUCAACAUGAAAAACUUCCGCAAGUUCAACGCCCGGAGGAAGUGGAAGCUCUCCUACAACAUGGUGUCCGCCUGCAACCGGCUGUGUCGCAUGCGGCUGCUCUGCGGCCCGAGGACGGAGGACGAGGAGCUGGUGAGAGGGGGGGGGGAAUGGGUAUUUGGGGGGGGAGCAUGCAAUGGGGUGCCCCCUUCUUCGGGUGCCCAGGGGUCCUCCCCAUGCCCUCCAGCCCCUCUGUGCCCCCAGCGCGGCUGCGAGAGCGAGCAGGAGGACGAGGGCAGCCACCCCGCGACGCUGCUGCGCCGGCGGCGAAGCAGCUGCUCCUGAGCCCCCCCCUCGGGGAGGGGACCCCAGAACGGGGCCGGCCCACGAGAGGGGCCUCGGGGGGGGCCCCCCAUUCCGGUGGGGCCCCCUCAUGCUGGUGGCUUUGUGCACCUGGGAGCUGGAGCUGCUGCCCGACCCCAGUGUUCCCAGUCCCGUGGUGCUGGAGGGUUGCUGGGGCAGUGCCCCCGGACCGGUCUCUGCUGCUGGGAUGCCCCCCCCGGGGACUCUGCCCCCCCCCCCCCCCCCCGAAGCUGUCUCACGAAAUAAACGUGCCCCCAUCCUCGAGUCCUGCA